CAUUGUAAAAACAGGAAUAGUUCGAGAAAUGCGGUGAGUGGCAACGAGUUGUUACAGAUUUUCGAAUAAUGAAAAGUCGGGUUUAUAAAGGCAUCCGAUUGCAUCGAUGGACCAACAAAUUUUACUGCAAGUAUUUAGAAUCGCUCUAUUUAGACUAUUCUCACCAACAACGUCGUGAGACUUUAAUUCUGAUCAUUUUGACGGAUUGCUUUCUCUCAAUCCCAUUUAUUGUGUACUAUUUAACCCAAUUACCACGCUACACGACACAACUAACCGUCAACAGUUGCUGCCUAUUUUUCAAUUUUAUCCUAUUCUUAAUAUGUUGGAAGUGCUUACCUAAGAACCACCUGAACUGGGCCGCUUUGUGUUCGUGGGUGGUUUUGAUGACUCACAGUGUUGUAGAUAACUUUGAUAAAAAAGAUCAAGAAAGGCUUUGGUACUACGUCUGGUACAGUAUUACCACAAUUUUCGUACCAUACACCUUAUUCCCUCUUUCACUUUUGUGGGCCCUUGUACUUGGCAGUACUUCAUUUAUGGUUCACAUCAUUUUAAUAGUUUUAUACAAACUAGAGAAUAAUUUUGAUUUGAAAGAAACUGCUUGCGAUGGCGUUUUCUUUUUCACGGUUAAUUUCGCCGGAGCUUAUAUCAAAAUUUUGACGGACGGAAGUCAGAGGAGAUCCUUUGUUCAAACGUUACGUUUCCUGGAAAAUCGGUUCAAAGCCCAACAAGAAAACGAAAAACAAGUCCAAUUAAUUUUCUCGAUCCUUCCCGACUUCGUGGCCAAAGAAAUGUUCGCAGAUAUCGAGAACGAAGAACGGAGAGGCUCGGUACAACCGCAACAGUUCCACAAAAUAUACAUCCACAAGUACAACAAUGUGAGCAUCCUUUUUGCCGACAUUAAAGGCUUCACAGCCUUGGCCAGUAAAUGCACGGCCCAGGAACUAGUGAGGAACCUCAACGACUUGUUCGCCCGGUUCGACAAAUUAGCGACGAAACAUGACUGUUUGCGAAUCAAACUUUUGGGUGACUGUUACUACUGCGUGUCAGGUUUGCCGAACGCACGCGAGGACCAUGCAGACUGUGCCGUCGAAAUGGGCCUGAACAUGAUCAAAGCAAUCAAGGACACGAAAACGAAAACUCAAGUCGAUAUCGAUAUGAGAAUAGGAAUCCAUUCCGGAUCAGUACUUUGUGGCGUUUUGGGUUUGAGGAAGUGGCAGUUCGAUAUUUGGUCCCAUGAUGUCAAAAUUGCCAAUCGGAUGGAAGCAACUGGCAUUGCAGGGCGAGUGCACAUUUCCGACGCCACGCUUCGCGCCUUGACCAAGGAAUUCAGAGUCGAGGCGGCACACGGCAGGGAAAAGGACUCGCUUUUACGCAAAAAUGACAUUCAAACGUACUUUAUUUUGGAGGACCCCGUUUACGAGAACGUGGAGUUGCCCAAAAUGGCCACGCCGCCGCCGAAAAGGCAGUCGGUUAACGUGGACUGGAUCCCGGAAAUUCCCUUCAAAAAUCUACAAAGGGCCUUAAGUGAGGAUAACAGCGCCGAAAGUCUGACCUGCAUUUCGAAAACUAAAGGAAAAUACGAUGUUUCCAGGAGAGAAUCCGAAAUUGAAGCACCGCAUUGUAAUGAUACCAUUACGAACAUGAUUGAAACGAAUUUAGAGCAGCAGUGGACGUUCCUUAAUAAAUUAACGUUAAAAUUUGUGGACGAGGAAUUGGAACAACAAUAUACCGAAAUUAAAAAUGACAUGUACCGAUCGAACAUCGUUUGCUGUUUUAUAAUGUGGAUUUUUGCCUUGAUUUGCCAACUUAUAGUCUUCGAUCCGACCCAACCAACUUUGGCCACUCUUUUCAUAUCAGUGAGUGUUUUUUUGGCCCUAGUGACGCUUCUUGUAGCGGGAGACCAAUACAAACAUUUUCCAAAAAUUGUGAAAAAAUUUAAUAAAUCUCUAAGUUCCAACAGAAGGCGUCGAACUGCGGUUCUGGCAAGCGUGGUCAUAAUUAUGUCGAUGUCUGGUGUUUCAACUUUGAUAAUAGAGUCGAAAUUAAAAAAUGACGCCAACAGUAACAUACACCCUGAAAAGGUGAUUUUUUCCUGGAUUAUUUACCUCUUUGCACUGGCCACGGCUAUAAGAAUCAACUACAGAAUAAAAAUAUUGUUAGCAUUUCUUUUGGUGUCUGUGUAUGUCAUUUUGGCAAACAUUGAGCCCUACAGGCAACAUUUCUUUCCUGAAAUUGAAAACUCUUUGCUCCCAAUUCAGUUUCCAGUUCUCUUGGUGGCAUUUUUCCUCCUAAUAUUUUACCACGCAAGAUUGAUUGAAGUCACUUCACGUUUGUAUUUUUUGUGGAAACACAAAGCCCAAAUCGAGCUCGAUGGAAUGCGCGCAGCCCGCCAGACCAACAUGCAGUUAUUAACAAAUGUUCUUCCAGAACAUGUCGCCAAGCAUUUUCUGAGCCGCGAAUACAGAAACGAAGAACUCUAUUCGCAAGCGCGUGACGGGAUCGGUGUUCUCUUCGCCACCAUUCCGAAUUUUUCGAAAUUUUAUUCCGAGGCUAAAGGCUUGGAAUGUUUGAGACUGCUCAAUGAGAUAAUCGCAACUUUCGACGAAGUCCUGGACGACGAACGUUUUAGUUCCAUAGAGAAGAUCAAAACCGUAAGUGCUACCGCCACGUAUAUGGCCGUCUCGGGCCUCAACCCCUCUAUAAAACACGACCCCCUUAUCGGAGACACCCCUGAGCACUUGGGGGCCCUCAUCGACUUUGCGAUAACCCUGCGGCAACGACUCGAAGAAAUCAACCGCGAUUCCUUCAAUCGGUUCAAUCUGAGAGUGGGAAUUUCUUACGGUGACCUUGUUUGUGGCGUCAUCGGUGCCAAAAAGCCCAUUUUCGAUGUGUGGGGUAACACCGUAAAUGAGGCUUCCAGGAUGGACAGCACCGGGCUCAUGGGUGAAAUACAAGUGCCGAAAAACACAGCCCAGUUGCUAGUGCAUCAAGGGUACGAACUGAAGAAACGCGGACUGGUCCGAGUCAAAGGAAAAGGAUUGAUGGAGACGUUUUUCGUGCUAGGGAAGAAACUGAAGAAAGUGCGAAGUUGCCAGCGCAAUUUCAGCAAUGCAAUCAGUCUCGAAGCCAUGGUUUACGCGAUUGCGAAAAACAGGAGGCGAUUUAUAAGUCACAGUUACAAGUUCUAAGUAUUUAUUCAGAAAAAACCUCCAAGUAUUCCAAACGACUGAAUCUUUUUACAUCAGCAUCACUCCGGAUUUUCGUCUCUGGGAGCUUCCUCACGCGCACGAUGUGCUUUUUCUCCACGCCAAGCUCUUUGGCACACAACUCCAAAACCCCGUCAAUCGUCAGUUGGUUUUCGUCGAGUUCUGUUUCGAUGAAGUCUUCAUCUGGGUUUUGAAAGAGUCGCAUUCGUAUAACGUACGGUCCUAUUAAAUGUCGCUCUGAAGUACUUAAUUUUGGUAAAGUAAACAUACUUUUAAUUACACUUUUCCGGAGACACACCGCUACUUUUGGAGUAAGCCGUUCAAAACCUCUCAAAAUCAAAGCUUCAAAGUAAACCCCAGUCACCGUAAUCACCAAAACUAGCACGAAGUAACCUAA